ACGAGUUUACCAAGCCGGGCUCCCUGUGGUAGUGCCAGAUUGCCGUAUCCCAGUAAGCCCUUUCGGUCGCUAAAAAAUGGCGGAAAAUUAUGCACUAAAUAAUUAACGCUUAUAAGAAGUAAAUGAACCAUAAACUAAAGAUCAAGAAGUAUUUGCUUUUCAGGUCUCGUGGCUCCUCAAGAUCAAAAAGAAAAAUUGAGCAAUAAUGGCGUCUGUUCCACCAUCUGUAGCGAUUGAAUCUGUGUURUCAAAGAGUGAUCCUAUGCCAGAAAAUGCUGAGACUGUUAAGGGCUUUGAUUUUGGAAAAGGUGUGGAUUAUCAUGCAUUACUGAAAUCGUUUAAACACACUGGAUUUCAAGCAACUAACUUUGGUAAAGCAGUAGAAGAGAUCAACAAAAUGAUUGCAAAGAAGAAUGAACCCUUUCAAAAGAACGAAGAGCAUCCUGCACUUGACCUUCUUCCUAAUGGCCGUCCCAAGAGUAAYUGCUCUAUAUUUUUAUCCUUCACAUCAAACAUGAUCUCAUCUGGUGUUAGAGAAACAAUUUGUUUUCUAGUCAAACAUAAUAUGGUAGACUGUAUCGUGAACACMGCAGGAGGAAUAGAAGAAGACUUUAUGAAGUGCCUUGCUCCUACKUAUUUAGGAGACUUUGCUUUAAGUGGAAAGACAUUAAGAGAAAAGGGCCACAAUAGGACUGGAAACUUACUUGUUCCAAAUGUAAACUAUUGCAAGCUUGAAGAGUGGAUAAGCCCUAURCUAGACAAGAUGUUGGAAGAACAAAAUCAACUGGGAACCAACUGGACGCCAUCUAAAGUUAUUAAUCGACUUGGAAAGGAAAUAAACCAUCCAGAGUCAGUGUAUUACUGGGCAUAUAAGAAUAAUAUUCCAGUAUUUUGUCCUGCUAUAACUGAUGGAGCUAUUGGUGAUGCAUUGUUCUUUCAUUCUUACCAUAAUCCUGGCCUUAAAAUUGACAUUGUAGAAGAUGUGAGAGCAAUCAACGAUCAUGCUAUUCAUGCAAAAAGCACUGGUUUAAUCAUUUUAGGUGGUGGUCUUGUCAAACACCACACAUGCAAUGCUAACAUGAUGCGGAAUGGGGCCGAUUUUUCAGUGUUUAUCAACACGGCACAAGAAUUUGAUGGUAGUGACUCUGGUGCAAGACCUGAUGAAGCAAUUUCAUGGGGAAAGAUAAAAGCAACUGCCACUCCAGUCAAGGUUUAUGGAGAAGCAACAAUUAUCUUUCCAUUGCUUGUGGCAGAAACAUUUGCAAGGAAUUUUUAAGUAUAACAAUCAUUAAUGUCCCUGAGGUAGCCGAAACAAAGAUCAUGUGUACAAGCUAAAUGUAAGGGAAAUUAAUGAAUGGAAGUUGAUAAGGAUAAAAUAAACGAGAUUUUAAAUAAUGAA